AUGAACUUAAAUGGUUUUGUAAUACUCCCGGGCUCAAAAACUGGAACCUCGGUGAGAUUAAAAGCAAAAGCUGUCAGAGAAUUGCAGUUGGAGAGAGCGCAGUUAGAAGCAGAAAAUGAAGAGAUGGAGAAGAAAUUACGGCAACUACAGAUAAACAUGAGCAAAGAAAAAGAAGAAAGACAGAAAUCAAGUGCUUAUCAUUGGAAAUCCGGACAGGCAGGACCGAUGACUAUCCAAGCCCGAGUUUUGUCACAAAGCAAAGGAAACAACAAUACUAAGGUUUCUUCAGGAAAAGUGAAAUUGCAAAUACUCAAAGAACGGAUUCAAGAGCCAGGGAAAAAACCAUUUAAGCGUGAAAUGGCAAAAGCUGUAGCUCGUGAACCAUCUGCAGUGAAGGGGAUAGCAUGCAGACAAUAUGAAAUUAAGAGUGCACUGCUGACAGAAGGCAAUACACGUGUUGGAACCUUGGAAGUGGUUGAUUGCUUCACCAAGGAAGUAAAUCUGAAUAAAUCAAAACCUAAUCAUGAGCAAAAGAAAGUAAAUAGCAAGCAUCAGGUCACAUCAGACAAGUUUUCAUCUCUGCUGGCAUCAACAGGCAGUGCUGAGGAACCGUCCUCAGAACCAACCUGUACAGGCCUUGAAAAUCAGGACAAAGGUUUAUUACUAAAUGGUCCAUUGAAUGAGGAGGAAUCUGCAAAGUCUUUUCAGGAAGCUUUGCUUCAGUGGAGAAAGGGUAGUUGUGAUCACCAAGAGCAACUGUGUGCCAGCAAGGUCCUGUCAGAAUCUGUGGGAAGCUGCGAGGUACAGACCAAUCUUAUCAUGAGGAAGGAACCUUUCAAAAUUGAAUUCCAGACGGGCGGCCUGAGCUACUUGGAGAAACUCCUGCUUAAGAAAUAUAGAAGAACUCCUGUUGAUGAAGUUUCUGGUGGUUGCAUUAAAGAUUUAAGCCCUGUGCCACCACUGAGCGUACAUCAGUCUGUGACUGGAGGAGGGGAAGAAGGAGAUUGUGAUGAUAUCGAUGAGUUAACAGUUGAAGAGGUGAAGAGAUAUUGGACAUCUGUUUUCAGAGAGGAAGUACCCAACACUGUUUCUGAAAGUGCAGAGUCCUCUUUGAAAAUUGAGUUCCUUGAUGAUUCUUACGACAAGGACUUAGAAGAAUCAUCCAGUGUUUUGGUGACGGAAGCUGAGACUAUGGGAAUGAAUAAACAAGGAAGAGCUGAACCACUGAUGCAGUUUAGAAGAUGUUCUAAGAAUACUUUGGCAGUUGACGGGCAUACGACACAUUUUCCAUCAAAGUUAGUGAAUAAGGUAGAGCAUUUACACAUACUAGAUCUUUUGCCAAGAGAAACUGUGGGCAUAAUGGAAAAAUCAUCUUGUCAUUUAAAUUCCACAGUUGACACUCCGUAUUUUUUACUUCUUGACAGAGAUCCUGUUUCUUCCAAAGAAAUUUCUCAAGAAGAAAUCGUUGUCUGCAAUCCUCUUGAGAGAAGUGCAGUGCAAAGGAAGAGUAUUAAACUAAAAAGCACAAGAAGAUCACUUGGCUCCUGUAAACUGCCUGGGAAGAUUUCUAACCCUACAGAACUAAGGAGCAACAAAUAUCUCCUUGAGACACAACUGCAGAAAACCCAUAAAGAUUCACAACAACUCGACAGUGGCUGUGAUAGUCAGAGUUUGGUUUUGUCUGUGAUUACCAAGUCUUCAGAGUUACAGGAUGUAGCCAAAAGAAAGAAACGUGUUACUACACAAUAUUGGGGACUUGAAGGUUUCUUUGUUGUAGGUGCAAACCCCAAACAAGGAAUGCUUGAAGCGUGUUCUUCACUGUGCACAGACUCUAGCCUUAGGGACAGCAGUAUCCUGUUCCCAGGUAAUAAAGAUGGAAAGUGUGUUACUGAAAGGAGCCUAAGUGAAUAUGCGGAUGACUCUGUCGUUCAAGAUGCUGUAGAAAGUCAGCUGAGCAGAUCUUCGAGGGGUUUGGAGAUUCAAAAUAGGGUUUCUCCCAUGAUGGCAGCGUGGAGGUCUUACCCAGGGGAUGGUUCUGGAAGACCUUCACCAACAAAUCUGCCGCACCGUAAACUGCGUGGAAAUUGUCCAACAAGCACACAGCCAACACCGAAAAGUUCGCCCGUGCCUGGGUGUAGUGUUGAUACUGAGUUGUCAGAACACAAAUGCCUUGGUGAAACUGAACAAGAUGAGUAUCUCUGGGAAUAUAUGGCUGACCAAGAAGCCCUACUUAGUCUGGAAAAAGAAUUAAAAAGUUAUACAGGUCCUGAAAAAUAUUACAGCUUCACUUCUGAGAAUGAAACCUCCUCCAGCAGACACUGGGAAAAGAUGUGUAGAAAUACAGAUUUACAUAAAAACUGGGAGCUAAAAGACCACAGCAGAGUUGAUACUCUCAGGGACUGGGAUGAAAGCCAGAUGGAUGAUGAGGAAGAAAUUCUGGAGGAUAAGCAACAGGUUCUGGCAUUACAGUGA